UCAUUGCUGAUGUCAGAUGGAUGCUGGCUGAAAGCAGAGAAAACCAGAAGGAUGUUUACUUGUGUUUUAUUGACUACGCAAAGGCAUUCGAUUGUGUGGAUUAUAACAAACUAUGGAUAACACUGCAAAGAAUGAGAAUUCCAGAACACUUAAUUGUGCUCAUGAGGAACCUGUACAUAGAUCAAGAGGCAGUUGUUUGGACAGAACAAGGGGAUAUUGAUUGGUUUAAAGUUAGGAAAGGUGUGCGUCACGGUUGUAUUCUUUCACCAUACCUAUUUAAUCUGCAUGCUGAGCAAAUAAUCCAGGAAGCUGGACUAUAUGAAGAAGAACGGGGCAUCAGGAUUGGAGGAAGACUCAUUAACAACCUGCAUUAUGCAGAUGACACAACCUUGCUUGCUGAAAGCGAAGAGGACUUGAAGCACUUACUAAUGAAGAUCAGAGACCACAGCCUUCAGUAUGGGUUACACCUCAACAUAAAAGAAAAAUGCUCACAACUGCACCAAUGAGCAACAUCAUGACAAACGGAGAAAAGAUUGAGGCUGUUAAGGAUUUCAUUUUCCUUGGAUCCACAAUCAACAGCCAUGGAAGCAGCAGUCAAGAUAUCAAAAGACACAUUGCAUUGGGAAAAUCUGCUGCAAAGGACCUCUUCAAAGUGUUGAAGAGCAAAGACGUCACCCUAAAGACUAAGGUGCGCCUGACCCAAGCCAUGGUGUUUUCAAUCGCACCAACUGCAUGGGAAAGCUGGACAAUGAAUAAGGAAGACUGUAGAAGAGUUGACGCGUUUGAACUGUGGUGUGGCGAGGAAUAUCGAAUAUACCAUGGACUGCCAAAAGAACGAACAAAUCUGUCUUGGAAGAAGUGCGACCAGAAAGCUCCUUAGAGGCAAGGAUGGCGAGACUGCAUCUUACAUAUUUUGGACAUGUUGUCAGGAGGGAUCAGUCCCUGGAGGAGGAUAUCAUGCUUGGCAGAGUACAGGGUCAGCAGAAAAGAGGAAGACCCUCAACAAGGUGGAUUGAUACAGUGGCUGCAACAAUGAGCUCAAGCAUAAAAACGAUUUUAAGGAUGGCGCAGGACUGGGCAGUGUUUCGUUCUGUUGUGCAUAGGGUGGCUAUGAGUCAGAACUGACUCAAUGGCACUUAACAACAACAACAACUAACAGUGACUAAUGAAGAAACCCUGGUGGCGUAAUGGUUAAGAGUUCGGCUGCUAACCAAUAUGUCCGCAGGCCGAAUUGACCAGCCGCUCCUUGGAAACUACAUGGGGCAGUUCUACUCUGUCCUAUAGGGUCGAGUGAGUUGCAAUCGACUUGAUUGCAGCGGGCUUGGAUUUCUGGGCUUUGUUGGAAUGACUGAUGAGACUGAGCAUCUUUUCACGUGUUUGUUAGCCACCGGUAUAUCUGCUUGGGAGAAAUGUCUACUCAAUCCCCUUGCCCAGAUUUUUACUGGGUUGUUGGUCUUUCUGUUGUUGCACUGUAGGAGUUUGUUAUGCAUUCUGGAUAUUAAACCCUUAUCGGAUGUGUGGUUCCCAAAUGGCUCUCCCACCAUGUAGGCUGUCACCACACUUUCCUGACAAAGUCCUUCGAUGUGCAAGUUUUCUUCCAGUGUGAGAAAGUCCAACUUCUCUAUUUUUUAUUUUGUUUCUCAUGCUUUUGGUGUCACAUCUAAGGGCCUACCAUCAAAAGAAGGUCUUGAAGUCUUACGGUUUCCGUUCUUCUACUGGGUCAUUGAUCCAUUUUGACUUAAUUUUCAUAUAUCGGGUGAGAUAUGGCUCCAACUUCAUCCUUUGGAAGUGGAGAUCUAGUUUUCAGGAAACACAUGUUUUUAAUCGCCACCUAGAAAUGAAGAUUCACAGGUGCCAUCCAACGGCCUGUACCUCAAGCAGUCCUUGAUACCAUGAUAUCCAGUUACUGGUCACGACACUGACCGUAAUCCAAUGAAUUCUAUGCCCUUGCUCCUGAACAGGACAUGGUGGUGUGACACCCUGCAUCUAUAUACAGGACACUGCCUCUGAGUUCCUUGACUGCACCGGGUGGCACUGGCAGCCUAGAAAAAUCCAAAAUGAAGCACCCCCUAGAUUGAACCUCAACAAUCCCGAAAGACACCGAACAUCCAAUAACACAUAUGUUGCCCCUGGCAUGACACCCUCCACGCAGACGUACAGGUCCUUUUUGAAGAGCGAUAGUAGUAAUAAAGAUAAAUGAAAGGAUAUGGGUGUAGAUGUCAUGUUUUUCCCCCAAAUACUGGCCAUGUGGCCACACCCUCUGUCCAAUACCCACUCUAUCUUUCUUCAUUGUAUGUUUUAUCAAUCCCAGUGGCCAGGCUUUUUCUGCUUUGCAAAAGGGAUUUCCCUGAGAGGUUUUUCCUUUUCCCUCUUCCAGUGUCUGCCGGUAAUAUCUGUUCAGUGCACGGUGGUGCCUCUCGUGAGGUGUGAUGCUCUGUGUGGUGAGGAGCUACAGAAGUACCCAGCCCCGGGUCCUGUCCUGAGUCAAACGGAACCAAAGUCAUCAUCAAGCUCCACAGAGGGCCACAGUUUCCCUUCAUUUUCGGAAGGCGGUGAGGAGAAGGAGGGCAAGAAAAAGGCUGACACCUCAGCAGUUAUGUCCUCCCACCCUACGGUCAUGAAAGAGGGUGCCUGUGCUAAACACCCAGAGGGCACUCCCGUUUGGCCAUCAGGUACCGUGCACACCGGCCUCAAAGCUUUGAAAGCAGAGGCUCAGGAUGCCUGCCCAAAGCCCCGGACUAGGUCCCGUGGAAGCUCUGCCUUCUCUGAGAAUACUGAGGGCACCAGACAGGGCCCCUCAAAGCCUAGCUCUGCUGGCGCGGCCACGUGCUCCAGCUCCUCUAACCUCCGUCUUGCCAACAGGAAAAGGAAGCUUCAGACACAAGGAGCUCAGGAUGGACUGAAAAAAGGGCGACCUGCGGAUGACUCAGAGGCUACCGGUCCCGUCAAAUCUAAGAGCAGGAACGGACCAAGGCAAGAUCAACCUAGGUGCGUUGCUCGCCCACAGGAGCCAUGCCCCAUAGAAAGAGGAAUGGUGGUCUGGUUUAAAUUUCAAGAUUACCCAUACUGGCCAGCAGUGGUACUGAGCGUCCGGAGGGUAGAGAAGACCGCAAGGGUGCUCUUGAUUGAGGCCCACAUGAGCCAGGAGAGGAGGGGUAUCCGAGUCCCUCUCCGAAGACUGAAGCCCUUGGAUUGUCAACAGAAACCGAAACUCAUGAGCAGAGCCAAGAAGCUGUACGGCCAGAGUGUGGACUGGUGCUGCUCACUGGUGGCCCACUACAGGGAAGCAGUAGGCCGCAGGUCUUUUGUGGGCUCCCUCCUGGAGUAUUUUACCGCUGAUAUUAGUUACCCGAUUCGGAAAGCGAUCCAGGAGGGCGAGGUGGACAGCAAUUUUCCAAGGGUGAAUUAUAAUGACCUGGAGGAGUCUGAGGAGGAGCCCCACCUGGGCGGAAAGGGGCACUACAAGAAACUUCUCCCUGACCGCAGGAAGGCCGCCAGGGACCGAGGCAACCAGAAGCUCCUCGACUUCAUUGUGAAAAGAAAGGGGGCCGAAAGACACCUUCUCGACAUUGUAGACGGCAGGAAGCACUCCACGUGGCUGGACUCGUUUUUGAGUUCAACCAGGCACAUGGGCUGCACUGAGACAUACCUGGAGGAUGAAGACCAGCUGGACGUCUUGGUCAGAUAUUUACAAGAAAUCUACAAGCAAAUAGACCAGAGGAUGCUGACGCGGAUAAAGAAAGAUAAAGUCAAUUUUGUUCUGGAAGUCCUUGUGCCAGAAGCAAUCAUUUGUUCCAUGUCUGCGCUGGAGGGAUUGGAUUACAAGGACGCGGAGGCCAAGUACCUGGAUGGGCCACCUGUUCAUUACCGGGAAAAAGAGCUCUUUGAUAAAAAAAAAAGCCUUGGUGGAAAGGAGACGGAGAUUAGUUAGGAGGAAAGCUCGUUAAAUCCACUCCGGUGCCUGUACCUGAGCAGAAAGCCUUGGAAUUUACGUGAUUAAGAAGAAAAUGUGUCUGGCUGAAGUGUGUGACCCCCAUUUCUGUGGCAUGUACAUAUUUUCUGAGAACGGGAGAAUUUUGGAAACGUGGUGGGUUUGCUUUGGCUCCAUCUCCGGAAUUGGAGGGAGGCACACGCAGCAUCAUUCCUUGUUCCCACACUUGCCCAAUAAUAUUUUUUUUGUUAGGACAGUGCAAACUGGUCCACUUCCACCUGUUUUUUUUUCCUUUGCAUCUUAU